AUGGAUAGAGUUCAGCCAUUUAUCAAAGAAUGCCUUUUUACUAAAAAUUUUGAUGAUCCAAAUAAACCAAUCGAUGAAAAGCGUUUACAGGAGACAUUACUCCUUCUACCUACCGAUGGAGGUCUAGCAUCCCGUUUAAAGAGGAACAAAUCUAAAUCUCACUUAGACGUAACAAAAAUCAAUGAUGAAUCCCAAAGAAUAGGGACUAAACAGCCUAAUUACCGCCAGAUCAACAAGAAUUCGAAGAUUGCAUUCAAGGAAUAUAUUAAUAGAUGUAAAUUGAACAGAAAAAAGACAUUACGUAUUGCACAUGAACAUAAGUUGACUACCAAAGAUACUUUGAAUGAUUACUUACUUGAAAAUAAUAAAGAGUUGUACGAUUCGCUGCCGACGUAUGAGAAAUAUUUACCGAUGCAUGAAAAGUUAUGGGUUGGAUACAUGAAGGAAAUCUUGAAUAUUCCUGCUAACUUAUCAAACUCAAGUAAGUUAAGCAUAAACGGCACCACAGCAAUGAUGAAAUUAUCUAUGGCGGACUAUAACGGGUCGAUUUUGAAUGUAUCCAAGAGCAGGAAUAAAAACCUAAUAGGAAUCCAAGGAAUUGUCAUUUGGGAUAGUCAGAAAAGCUUUAUUGUGGUGACAAGAGGAAAAUUGGUGGAUCAAAUUAAAUGCAUCCCUAAAAAGGGUACUGUAUUCAAUUUCGAGAUUCCAGUUAAUGAUGAAGAUGCACUUCAGUUUACCAUUCUCGGAGACAGGUUCAAAUAUAGAAGUAGCGAUCGAGCUGGUCGCAAAUUUAAAAACCGCAGAUGUGACGAUAUGCUUUAUUAUGUAUGGAAAGAAGAAACUGUAUAA